UGUGAAGCCAGGAAGAUGUUGAACACAUAAGAAAGUUAACAACUUCGCCUCCCCAGGGCCCGCGGAAACAUGCGAAGGAGCGCGCAAAGCAAAAUAGAGAGACCAAGCCGGGUCCGAAGCCUUCCAAGCUUUCGGUGUGCGGGAUGAAGUGAUUGAAAAAGGCAGAACAGGAUCCCCCGGUCAUGCAAGGUCAUAGCCAUCAUGGCGGUUUGAUGGGGUGAGUCGAGCACAGCACAGCUUAUAAAUGCAUUGCCUGCUCUUGCAACAGCCAAGGGAUUGUUCGGAGGGGCGGCCUGAGGGCCUUUUGUUUGCCUGCACUGUCCCUGUUUGUUGUCGGCGGGUAGAUAUACCGGUGACGGUGAGCCGUAAAAAGGUUACUUUUACGACCUGUUCCCACGAUUUCCACCGUAGCAAUCUUUUAAAAACCCUCCCAAAAAGCUGCCCCGAUCUCAAGGAAGCACCUCCACCAUGCCAUUCCAUUGACGAAAGGUAGGAGACGCUGACGAUCGGGAAACAGGUACACAGGGAUAGCACGGUUCGGGGCCGUACUGGGAGAGAGAACGUGAUUUUGAAACGCCUUUUUGCAUAAGUUUGCACCGAAGGGAAGAUAAGAUGAAGCGACGGACGUUCGUCAUGAUGAAGCCGCCUCUGUGAACGCAGUCCGCCUAACAGGAAAGGAUAAUAAAACCCCGGGGUUUUGUUAAAAAAAAAAAAGGAACGAGGAACAGUGUAUGGUAAAACAACACAGCACAUUAAGCACUUAAGGUCCUUGAUGAGUGUGGCGGAUGGGUCAGAGAAACGUGUUUGUACCUGUUGUGGCAAGCCCGUCAUUGAACAAUUGCAAUCCUUUAUAUAAUGUUGUAGGAUGGAUGAACAAGUACGCCAAAUCGUUGAGGAUCUCCUUAAUAGAGGAAACCUUUAUAAACAAGGGGUUUUUUGCUUCGUUCGAUACAACCCUUAAACUGUUUUGAUCACAUACGAUCAGACAAGUUUCGAUCAUGAUGAUCACCAUACGCACCAACUAUUUCGCCCUGUCGACGUCAGAGGAAAUGAUCGAGAUCGGACGACGGUCGACUGUCUGGCUGCAUAGAUGCUUCGAUUAAAUCCAAUCACUCAAUCACGCAGUGAGUCGGUGUAUGUAACCACUGGUCACUGCUACAACUACGCUCAUAUUGCGUCUGUACUAGGCUUAUCUGUUGGGUGUAGCAGAGUAGCUUUGCAUCAUCCAAACAACUUUACAAACACAUCAAACCACACCAUUGUUGAUGGUAGCAUUGCGCGCAACCAACCAAGCCAAAGUGACCGAUUCUAAAGUGGCCUCAGCCCUGCCUGGACAGUGAUGUACCGAAAGUGAUUCCGCAGUGAGUGCAGCAUAAACACUAAACCCCAACGGGGGCAAAGGACGGACAGCAUCAUCGGCGAGGUCAUCAUCACGCUACUAGCGGACGUCGUCCGUACCCAUCAUAAUCAUAUACUCGCUCGUACCUCGUACGCUGCAUCAACAAACCGCGCCCGAUCAAUUGUGUCAAAUUGUUUCUAUUUUGAGGUGUAUAUUAUUUUUAAAACUCACCCUCGCUCGCCCUCGCCCUCGUUCGCCCUAGUCCUCUUGCGUGCGGGUUUGGGGCACGGAUUAAGCGGAAUUGCAGUCGAAAUCCGGUACGGGGCUGGUGCAGUUGAGUGUGAGGCGUGCGAGCGAGUUCGAACGUACGAGAACCGAGCGUCAUGUGGUAUGGUACGGUUGUGCUGUUCCUGUGGGUGCUGGCCGAAUCCGGUUCCGGUGUGGGCGGCCUGACGCAGCUGCGCUUCCCGUACAGCACCACCAACUUCAGCCUCAGCCUGUACAAGGCGGCGUUCAAGCCGGAGCAGAACGUGGUCGUCGCACCGUUCACCCUGCAGAACAGCAUAGCGAUGCUGUACUCGAUCGCAACCGGGACAACACGUGACCGGUUGCGGGAGGUGUUCGGUCUGCCGGCCAACUUUACCGAGUUCAUCAUCAACCAGAAGCUGCUGCACUACACGCUCAGCGAUGUCGGCGGUUCGGAGGGCUUUCGCAUGAAGAACCGCAUCAUCGUGAACGGAUUUCGCGAGGUGGAUGCCCGCAUGCGGGACAUCAUGCACGAGGACCUGGACACGGUGCUGAUGUACUUCGAUUUCGCCCAGCGCGAAGGUGUCGUGCGACGGGCCAACCACUUCCUUAGCAUGCGCACGAACGGCCUCAUCCGGGACACGCUGUUCCUCGGCGAUGUGCCGAAGCAGCUGCAGAUGAUACAGCUGAGUGCCGGCUCGUUCCGGCCACCGUUUGCGAGCGGGUUCGAUGCGCGGGACACGAUCGCGCGCGACUUUCGGACCGGCUGGAUCGACAAGCUCUACCAAACGACGACCAUGUUCAAGGAGGGCGAUUUCCGGUUCGCCCGCAUCCCGGAGCUGGAGAUCGAGGUGCUCGAGCUGCCGUUCCAUUCGCGCAGCGAUUCGGCCCUGUGGAUUAUGCUGCCCGAUCGGGACGCCGAACUGGACCGCAUUGUAAAGGCGCUCGAGCCGGAGCACUUUGACGCGAUACAGGCGCACUUUAGCAUGAAGCGGGCCGGGAUUGUGGUGCCAGUCUUCUCGAUCAAGACGGAGUUCAAUGCGACCGACUUCUUGCGCGACACGAUCGGGCUGGACGCGCUGUUUCGGCUGCGCGAGCUGCGCUUCUUCGACGAUCACGAUUCCGCGCUGGACGGGGUGAUGCAUCGGGCCGCCAUCAGCGUGCACGAACGGUCGGCGGAAGCAGGCGGUGUCGCCACGGUGCACAGCUUCAGCAAGCGCAGUGCCCCGGCCGCCUACCAGUUCUACGUGGGACGCUCGUUUCUGUUUGCCCUGGUGAAGCGAUCCUCCAAGCAGCUCCUGUUCAUCGGUCACCUCUACAGGCCCCACGAUCUGGUGGAAGUGUUUUGCACCAUCGUUUGCGCACCAAGCUGCUGGGGUGCCGUUUCGUUUGGCUCCGCAAGUGAACACGCACAAUUGCGUCUAACACAUCCGUGCAUUUGUUGUACCAUUCUCGCAAACUCUUUCCUAGAUCCUACGACGGAUGAUGCGAUUGUAGCGGCGAACAACAAAUUUACGCUCGAGUACUUCAAGGCAUGCUACGAUGAGAAGUGCAACUGUGCCGUCUCGCCGUAUCACGUGCGGUUGGCACUGUCGAUGUUCUAUCCGCUUGCCGGUGCUGCAGUACAGGAAGACUUCCAGGUCGCGUUCGGGCUGCCGGAAGAUGUGCAAGCAGCCAUUCAGCAGCAGCAACGGCUAGCUCAGCGGCUGCACGAUGGCCAACACCUGAAGGCACUUUCGUUCGUGCUGGUGGAGGAAACGCUCCGGCUGGACAGUGAGUUUGAGCGACUGUUUCACCGCACCUUUCAGACCACGGUCGAGCCGGUCGAUCUGACGGAUGACAUACCGUCCGCGCUGGCCGUUAAUUCCUUCUACCAGCGUGCCAACACCGAGAUUGAAGAUUUCAUCGGCGAGGGCGAUGUGUUUUCGUUGCCUCCCUGCCACAAGCUGAUGCUGUUCAGCGGUGUGUCCGUGCUGACACCGUUGGCCAUUCGGUUCAAUCCUGCCGAUACGGCGCUGGAGCUGUUUCAAUUUAUAAAUGCGCCAACCCAGCGCGUGUCCACCAUGCACACGACAGCCUUCGUUCGUCGCUGCCUGCACAACGAGCUCCGCUGUAAGGUGGUGGACAUGCCCUUCGAUGCAGCCAGCGGACUGUCCAUGCUCGUGCUGCUACCGUACGACGGCACGGAGCUACGCCAGAUCGUGAACAGCAUCAAACCGGCCCACCUGGCGCAGAUCGAUGAGCGGCUACAGUCGUGCUGGACGGAUCUAAAGCUGCCAAAGUUUUUCGUGCGCGAAAAAACUGACCCAAAGCAAACGCUGGGAAAGUUGGGCUAUGGUGGAGUGUUCGAAAUAGACGAUCUGCACGUAUUUCACGACUCCGGCCGGACGCGGCUGAAUGGGUUCAUUCAGCACUGCUACCUGGCGGUGAGCGAGAGCGGCAGCGGCAUUCCCGCGCCAACGGACACACCCAGCGAGUUUCAGUUUCACGCCAACCGUCCGUUUAUGUUUCUCAUACGCCGUACAAUGGACGGAAAUGUGUUGCAAGUGGGCAACUUUUCCAAAUACAUCGAUCCCGAUGAACAGUUUUGAGUAGGACGGAUGUGUUUGUACAGUUGAGCAAUAAAAGAAUCUAAUAGAAAUGGA